UAAAAAACAAGAUGGAAGCCAAACUUUGACAGAAUCUCUAGGACACUGCUGACGUGAGCAUGCAACUGUGAUGACCUGACACUUGUGCCGUCCUAAACAAACAAAGCAAAAGCCAAGUCCUGGAACGCCGUUGUCAUCAACAUGGCAGACUCCAGGGAUGUUACAGGGGGGCCUGGACCACCAGAGCAAUCCCAGAAUAGAUCAAAAGAUAAGAAGCGAAGACAUGGGCAUUCCAGUGGUUCCAGAGUUAACGUCAAAGACGGUGAAAGUGGGUAUUCGGAAAAUCGAGGAAAAACGGAGCGGGUGAAAUCAAAGGAGGCGGGGAGUGAGCCGAUUUCAAAGUGCGAGAAAGCGGUGGAUUCAGUCGGUAGUGGUGAGAAGAAAGGUCGGACUCGGAGGAAUCCUGAGGAGGAGGUGCCAAGGAAUGGGGCGGGUGACUGCACGAGUGGUGAUCAGGAUGUGGACAAUGCUCGCGACGAAACGACUCAGGAACGCGAGAGACUCGGUCGGGAAGCGGAGGCGGACCGACGCACGAAUAUAUCCGCGCAGGGAGAGAUUGAACAGCAGAACAGCGCGGAUCGUAAGGGUGGCAAUAAUCAGACGAAUACGGAACACAGGAAAAAUAAGUCUGAGCCGGACUCGGAAAAUAUUGGCAAAGAGCGUCCUGUAAGCGGACAGACUGCGGCGAGAAAUCAGAAAGAAAAGUUAGUCAAGGAACACACGAGGAGUUAUUCUGAUGGCGGGGCGGUGUUUGUGAGCCCGCGUCGUCAGCGCAGCGAUUCCAACGGACAGCAUAGCGAUCAGGGCAUUUAUGAUAAUGAGCAUGCCGAGGUUGUGUUAUCACGAUCGCGGUCGCUGAAGUACGAUCGUCAGGGAAGCCGCGCCGAUUUUCCACCGCGGUUACUGGUGGUUUCGAGUAAGAUAAAGAACAUUAUGUCCCUACAGAAUGCCCUACUGCCUCAAGUGACGUUUUUGCAAUAUAAGUUCGAGACAUCGACUUUUGAUGGUUUGAUAGGUUUAAUAGGCCAAUUCCUGCUCAAUAAGAAGUUUCACAGUGUUGCCUUAGUUCUCCAUGGCCCGGUGGGCGUGAUACAGUUGUGUGGGAAAGAGGAAAAGCCGCUCAAUAAAGAUACCGUCCUUGACCACGCAGGUAUUCGUGGCUUCUUCUCCAAACUCUUCAGUCUCCAUGGCAACAAGGAGGCAGCGAACCUCCGCCUCGACUUCUUGGCAUGUAACGCCGCUCAGGGACAAGAUGGCGGACAGGGCAUCGUCAAGGAGCUGGAGGCUCUGCUGGGGGUGUCGGUUGGUUUGUCUCGAGACAUUGUCGGAGCGGAGCUAGUCAAAGACCCGUCCUCAAAAAGUACGGUUGGGGAGCUCUACUUCCGUCUUGAGUGUCUCCGUGGAUGGAGCGGACAUUACCAGCAGUCAAUGGCCGGCUUUGAGAAGAUCAGAACCGUUGGGAAAGGGGCAUAUGGUGCGGCCGUCCUCUACCGGAAACGUGACGACGACUCCCUGGUCAUACUCAAAGAAAUCAACAUGCACGACUUGAAUGCAGCAGAGAGACAACUUGCUCUUAACGAGGUGAAAGUUCUUGCCGUCUUAGACCAUCCGAACAUCAUCAGUUAUUACGAUAGUUUUGAAGAAGACGGCGUCCUGAUGAUUGAAAUGGAGUAUGCAAAUGGAGGGACGCUAGCUCAAUACCUCUCUCAUAGGGACGCUCCACUGGACGAGAAAGAAAUACUAGAAAUCUUCCAACAGAUGGUGGCAGCCAUUCGUCACAUUCACGAACAUAACAUACUACACAGGGAUAUGAAAACGGCCAACAUCUUCCUGACAAAAGAGGGCGUUGUUAAAGUCGGCGACUUUGGAAUCUCAAAGAUAAUGUCAACAGCUGAUAAAGGAGCGAAUACAGUGCUGGGAACGCCUUAUUAUAUCAGCCCUGAAAUGUGCGAAGGCAAGGAAUACAAUGACAAAUCGGACAUCUGGGCACUCGGCUGCAUUCUGUAUGAAAUGGCUUGUUUACAGAAGACGUUCGAGGGAUCGAAUCUGCCCGCCUUGGUCAAUAAAAUUAUGAAGGGCCAGUUCGCCCCAGUGAAAGGAAACUAUUCAGAAGAUUUCAAGAACCUGAUAAAGGACAUGUUAGAACGUGAGCCUGAGUACCGACCGUCUGCCAAUGAACUCAUGUAUCGACGGUUACCAGAGCUGAUACGUAAAUAUGAGGACCCAGCAACAGAUUAUGAUGACGAUCUCACAACUUCUGCCGACAGUACCAUCAUGGCCAAGAAGAAGACAAGCCAUGUGGCUGGUUUGGAGAAAAGGUCUGUACUCUACUACUUAGAGACCAGUACGAUGUGUCUGAGUCCACUAGAUCUGCCUGCUAAAGUCAAAAUCCGGGAGGUGGCGAUUGGCAGUGAUCAUGUGAUCGUUGUCUCAAUUGAGCGCGCUGUCUUCACCUGGGGUGAGGGUACCAAAGGGCAGCUUGGCCACGGUAACCUGGAGUCCGUCCUUAAACCAGUUAUGGUUGAGGCUCUUAAAGGGAAGUCUAUCACCAGGGCAUGUUGCGGCGAUGGUUACAGCGUGUUCGCCAGCGAUAAUGGUAUCGUCAUGACCUGUGGAGAUGGGGCUAGCGGCUCUCUUGGACAUGGUGAUUGGUGCUCCACAUCUCGGCCGAGGUUGAUUGAAGCACUGCUGAGCGUUGAUGUUAUAGCCGUCGCCAGUGGGACACACCAUGUUGUGGCUGUGGGCAGCGACGGUGAGGUCCAUUCCUGGGGAAGAGGUGCAUUUGGACGCCUGGGCCACGGAAAUGAAGAAGACUGCUGUCAGCCGAUGGAGGUGCGAAUUGAAGAGCCGGUGUUUGUUCGUGACGUCAGAUGUGGAACUGACGGCACCGUGCUCCUGACGGAUGUCGGCAGUCUAUACGCCUUCGGUAAUAACUCCAAUAACAAACUCGGGUUGAAUCAACGACAAGGCUUUCUGAUGGCAAUGAAGAAUAUCUUCAAUAAGACCGAAGUCGAAAACCGCAAGGAACCAACUCUAGUCAAGGCAAUGACACGGCACAGGGUCAUAGAUGUCUCCAUGGGCGUUGACCACACGGCCAUUUUGGUUGAACCGGGCCGCGUUUACACCCUGGGGAAGAACACGGAGGGCCAGCUUGGCAUGGGGAACAUGCGGGCGCAGCCGGCACCGGUCGAGGUGAAGUCUAUGCUCGAUAAAACUGUGACGCGAGCCCAGUGUGGUGAUCAUUACACCGUCGUUAGCACCUUGGACAACGAGCUUUAUUUCUGGGGGCUACGUUUCAAGAAGCCUCCGACUCCCACAGAACCGCGAACGCCGACGCGAAAUUAUGAUCUGCCGGCACGCGGGCACUCGCGCCAAGCAAGUAACGCCAGCAUCUCGAGUUUGACAAGUAUAAAGGAACAGGAAUCGACGGAGACUAGUGUCUCUGCUCUUGCCAUGAAAUCCUCUGAGCAAAAAGACCCCGGUUCGUCAGGCGGCCCGACCGCCGAUAACCGUCCCUUGGAAGCACAGACGAGCUCGGAUAGCGUCCUAUCAAGUACGAAUACGAACGACAUGCCGUCGAGUACCCUGACCUCUGAGUCGGUUUGCCGAGGAUACAGGCCCUUGAGUUCGACGCCGCGACGGACACCAAGUGCUAGUAGCACGAAGGAACGAACAAAUGAAAAAGAACAUACUCCGACGAAUAACGACGAUCUCGAAGUUAUUUUACAUCCUACUCAUAUUUUACGCUUGCAAACGAGUACGUCCAAUCCCCAAGGAGAGAUGGUCUACCUUUCUAACUUCUUCUGCCACGGUGAGAACCUGUUUGUACAGGUUGAGACGACCGCGCCGCCGCCGAAAAGAAAAGCAAGAAAAAGACGGAGCUUCAGGAAGCGUUUUAGCACCAACCAUCUCCCCCUGCCGCAGCUAGGCAACCAGCAUCUUGCGUCCGCAUCCAGUCGGGAAGGUGGUGACGAAUACUCCUCCGAGACAGAGAUGGAUACAUAUGGAACAAUUCCGGGCUGGAUUAAGCAGGAGCUCGCCAACUCUGAACUCGACAUAAAUGAUGGGAACGAGGCUGACGACACGGACAGCGACAGUCGCGAACGCCCCUCACCCAUAAUCGAUGCAUCGAUGUCUAGUAUUCAAAUCAAUAGGGACUUAAGACAAGGUGACAAAAUCAAACGGAGGCUCGCGUCCUCGUCAACGGGCCGAAUGAUAGAAUCUCAUUCUAGGGCACAGCAAAGCCACCAGGGGUCGGCCCGAUCGAAAGUCACUAAUGACCAAGAGAGUGGCGUUGAGUUCACGCCCGUUGAUCCGCUGUCGAGUAGCAGCGCGGAUGAAACCUCCGACCCAGGGCCACUGACGGAAAGACGGCGAGACACACACCACGGACUGACGAACAAAGCUAAACUCAGCGUCGCUGCACCGAGAAAAAUAUCGGCACCAGUGCCGUAUAAAACUAAAAAUAGCCCAACAAUGAGUCAUAAGCCUUUGAAUCGGUUACGGACAAAGGGCAGAAGGGGGGAUGGUUCAGGAUCGACGUCACCAGCUCAGCGAAGUCGAGAAGAAUCUAUGGAGAGUGAGCUCAAUAAACUCAUGGCGGAAAAGGCCAAGAUAGAACAACGUCUGGAAAAAAUGGAAAUACAACAUCGGAAACAGUCGGAAAACAUCAAGAAGGAAUCGGAAAAUAUGGCCAAGGAGCGAGAACGACAACUCAUGAUGGAAAUUCACGCGCUGCGGGGCGAGUUGUCUAAACAGAACGACAAGUUGAAGGAUAAUUACGAUUGUAUGCGGAGUUUGCAAGAAGAAUUGCUCAAGGUUUCGUCGGAACAGCGGCGCAUGACUGCGCGGGAACAGCGAGCCAAACAACAACCGAAUCAACGGGACAGUAAAGUUUGUACGCUACAGUGACAAAAGAUGGCACCACAAGUCGAUAAAAAAGCUGUCGAUGCCACCUUUUGAUAGUGUUCAGUAAGAAACGAAGUCGUGUGACGAUUAGGAAUAGUUUGCUAAACAGCCACCAGGUGGCCACUCGUGCGAGACUUAAAGGACGACUGUCACGAGAGAAUCUCAGGCCGGCGCUAGUGUGAAUCGGAAUUGGUUUGCCCUGGUGUCGUAUUUUUGCAAAUGUACAUAUCAUCCAUUUCAUGAAAAAAUGACAUGGCAUGUAAAGGAGCUAAAAAUAGCUUGGUGACGUUGUCAGUAUUCCACUUCAAGUGGCUAGUUCUUGGUCUUGCUGUGUUCGAUUCGGGCAAAAAACGUCUUUGUCUGUUUCGGGCGAAGAAACUAUUUUUUGGAUACUUCAGAUCAAAUAUAAUAUCUAGCUAAAAGUGUUGUACUUUCUCUGCCAAGUCACCUAAAUUCAGUGUGGUUUUAUAAAAAAAUAAAAUCGAUUACGGAUUAGAUGACAAUGCUCAAAACAACAGCUGCCUCGAAGGGAUAUUUUACCUCUUCACCCUCAGCUUCCAAAAUGGACUCUUCUGUUGCCUUAUCUGGAAGAAUCUAUUAGGAAAUUAGGGUAGAAAGGUCAACUUUACACCCUAUGUUUUCAGAAUGGACUCUUCUAAUGCACAAAUUAGAAGAUCAUGUCUAUUCAGGAAAAUUUGGAUGAAUAAUUUACUUUUACCCCCCCCCCAGUUUCUGGAAUGGACUGUUCCUAUGUCUCAGCUGGAAGAAUCUAUACAGAGAAAUGGGGGGGGUGAGGUUAUGUUUUUCUGAAAUGGACUUUUCUAAUGCCUCUUUUGGAAGAUUCCAUAUUGAAAUGGGGGUGAGAAGGCUAACUAUGGAGGUGAAAUGGUUAAGCUUGCACCCCCAGUUUUGGUAAUGGACUCUCCUUAUGCAUGAAUUGGAGGAAUCUAUACAGGGUAAUGGAUAUAAGAAUGUUAUCUUUAUACCCUCAGAUGCCAGAAUGGACUCUUCUUGUGCAUUAACUGGAUGAGUCUAUAUUUGGAUAUGGGGGUAAAAAGGUAACGAGUGCACAAAACUUAUGGACACAAAAAUCACCACCUUUUAUAAGCAGGUAGGAAUAUUCACAUUGUAUUCAGUCAAGUUGAUCUUACAUGUACAGUGGGACCUCCUUUAGCGGACACCUCUCUAUUAAGGACAACCUCUCUAUUAAGGACAACCUCUAUUAUGGACAACCUCUCUAUUAAGGACAACCUCUCUAUUAAGGACAACCUCUCUAUUAAGGACAACCUCUCUAUUAAGGACAACCUCUCUAUUAAGGACAACCUCUCUAUUAAGGACAACCUCUCUAUUAAGGACAACCUCUCUAUUAAGGACAACCUCUCUAUUAAGGACACUGCAUUUGGUCCCAAAAUCGGUCAUUUCCAUUCAAUUUGACCUCUCUUAUCAGGACACCUCUCUAUUAAGGACAGCACUUGUCAGUCCCGAGGGUGUCCGUAAUAGAGAGGUUACACUACAGGAAUUCUACUUGAGACAUUUGUCGGAAAUUCAUGGUAGCGAAUAUCCAGUUCACAGUACAGUAGAACCUCUCUUAGCGGACACCUCUCCAAUAAGGAUAACCUCUGUAUUAAGGACACUUGUUUUGGUGCCAAAUUGGUUAUUUCCAUUCAAUUUGACCUCUCUUAUCAGGACACCUCUCUAUUAAGGACAGCACUUGUCAGUCCCGAGGGUGUCCUUAAUAGAGAGGUUCUACUGUAAUUGUAUGAUUGUGUGAAUAUCAACUCUUUUAGUCUGAUAUGUUACACAACAUUAUGGCUAAUCUGUGCUAGAUGAACUUAGUUGACUUAAUGGAAAGAAAGGUAGCAGCACCCUACGGUGACUUCUGAAACUAAAGGGACUAUGACUGAACAGGAUCUUUAACACUGGUAGUACCAAUAUGUGACUCGUCACAGCGAAAACAGGCGCUUGUCGCACAGAAGAUGAGCCUAAAUGACACCAGGAGAUAAUGAAAGAAAUUGAUGUGCUCAUAUUUCACAUGAGGCAGACAAUAGUGAAAUGAACAAGCGAUCUGUCUCAAUCUGUCAAGCUCGGAGCGACAUGCGACUCAUCUUGCCAUGGCAAGUCACAUUUGUGACCCGUCGCAGCAAAACCAGUCGCAUGUCGCACAGAAGAUAAGCCUAAAUGACACCAGGAGAUAAUGGAAGAAAUUGAUGUGCUCAGAUUUCACAUGAGGCAGACAAUAGAGAAAUGAACAAACAGUCCGUCUCAAUCUGUCAAGCUCAGAGCAACAAGUGCCUGGUUUUGCUGUGACAGGUCACAUAUUAUCCAUCUGAAUCAAGAAACCUUAUGCUGACAACAGUCAAAUGGUCCGAGAAUUAUUUCCUCACGGAAUAAGUGGAAAAGUGUAGGAACUCGGGAAGUUAUAAUUUUUAGCUCUUUAGCACUGAUUUGCCGUAAUGAAGAGCAGAUUUGCCAUAAUGUAGAGCAGAUUUGCCAUAAUGUAGAGCAGAUUUGCCAUAAUGUAGAGCAGAUUUGCCAUAAUGUGAGCAGAUUUGCCAUAAUGUGAGCAGAUUUGCCAUAAUGUGAGCAGAUUUGCCAUAAUGUGAGUAGAUUUGCCAUAAUGGAGAACAGAUUUGCCAUAAUGUGAGCAGAUUUGCCAUAAUGUAGAGCAGAUUUGCCAUAAUGUAGAGCAGAUUUGCCAUAAUGUGAGCAGAUUUGCCAUAAUGUGAGCAGAUUUGCCAUAAUGUGAGCAGAUUUGCCAUAAUGUGAGUAGAUUUGCCAUAAUGG